AUGGGGAUUUCUAAGGUAGAAAGGCAAUUACAAUUUGUUCCACAAAGAUACUUAAGAAGAGGAGUAUUUUCUUCAGUAGAUUUGUCAAGCUCAAUAUAUUCAGCUCUUCCAGAAUCAGUGUGUGUGGUUAAAAUACCGAAUACGGUUUCAAGAGAAGUUAACAGUUUGUUAACUAGAGGGGAAAAGUUUCCAUUUGGAAUUCAGCCAACCCCAUUUGAGGAUUUUCGUAUUUUUGACAUUCAUUUACUUGGAAUAGAUUACGUAGGUGUUUUAGUAGAUCUUCCAUGUAAUAUAGAGAUAUACAAGAGCUUGGACUGUGAGAGUAUGUUUAAAUCUAAUAAUUUAAACCAAAUGCUUUAUAUAUAUGAUGCUUAUUCUUUGCCAAAAUGGUUUAUUAAUUCUCAGGGAGUGAAUACAUCUUCCAUAUAUACGGGCCCUAUGAAAUCUAAUAUGAUGUAUACUGAUUCAACAUUUGUCUCUUUUAUUAAGUAUUUGAAAGAGUCACUUCAUUGGGAGUGGCCAGCAGGUCUUUUACCAGCAAGUAAAGGAAUCAGAUCUAGAAAGUAUAGAAACACUGAAUUAUUUGAUAUUGGUGAAGUUAUUGAAGCAGAACAAGAACUUCUAGAUAGAGUUUCAAUGCCAAACCAGGACAUGGUAACUAUUGAUGUGGUUUCAACCAAAGAAAUGGAUGAUCAAAUUCACUUAUUCAAAAAUGAGCAAAAAAACUCUCCUUUCCCUAUUACAUCUGUUUUUGACAAAAAGAAGAAAGCAACCUGUAUGGGAAUAAUAGGUAGAGAUGAUGAUCUAAGAAGCAUGAUUUCCAGAUUUAAGAGAGAAGACUCUCAUAAAAAAGGAACUAAGCAAAACACUGUAGAGUUUGAAGAUAUUCAAAGUGAUAUCAGUGACGUAAUUUUCCGUGAAAGCUCAGAUGACGAAAAUAACCAAGACAGUAGCUUGGACAUAGAGCCCAAUGACAUUAGAAUAUCAGAGGAGAGUACAUCUAAGAUAAAGAUUAGAGAACAUUCAUCUAGUAGUAAAGUGGUCCCUAAUGACUUUACUCUCAAUGAAGACUGGGACUCACAUGAUUCCUCUAGUGAUGACUAA